AAAGGAGACACCAACAAAAACAUACACAAAGUACACAAAAAUAGAGCCAGAGGAAGUGGCCCAAUUACUUAAAUGUUUGCAAACAUAUUUUUUAUACAAUAAAAGACACAUUAUAUUGAAAAGACGGUUACUAAAAACACAAUGUAUAUACUGACUUUUACGCGAAAUUUAAAAACAAAAAUCCCCUAACUUCCAAAAUACAUCUACCCAAAGCAUGUCAUGUAAUACCAGCAGGGAAUCUCUAUUAGAGGGGAGAAACCCCACUUCAGAAUCUCUUCUGGGCUUGUUUGACCAGCAGUGGGCGCUCCCCGAGUGAGUCCAAUAUGAAUGGGUCCAAUAUAAAUGUCCAAAAUAAAUGUUAAAUCAUUUUUACACAUAAUUAUUUGAGCUAAAUGUUCAUAAAUGUAAAUACACGAGAGCUAUACCUACCCUUUGUGUUUUUAAAAAGGUAUUGUCCCUAUAUAUCCUCUCGUUAAAAGAAAUAAACGUUUUAUUAUGCUUUGAAGUUAUCUGGUAAGACCACAAGGCAAAAAGCUUCAGAGAUUUCUGUGAGGCAUACACUGCAGCCUGAGGGUCAAGAUGGAUAAGUUAGAAUUACCCCCGCCUGGUCCAGAUGACUUACCUCUCUCGUUGCUGGAGAUGGGCUGUUCAGGGAGGUUUGAGCUGCUCACACAUUCAUUACCCAGCAACAAGCCCAUACAACCACAAAACACACUCCCUCACGGACUUCCACCCACCAAUGUAGACCUGAAGAUGGAGGUCGAGAAGCGUUUUCUUCAGGAUCCUGCAUGGAUGCCCAUCCACGACACAACAGAUGCAUUCCAGAAAUUUCUGAAGCUGACCAAGAGGGACAGACAGGUGGACUCUUUGCUGCACUGCUCUCUCUCUCCUUUACACUCCAGCCUGUCUGUAGUGAGAGACCCCACAACUGGCAUGCUGUUGGACUUCACUGAGGUUUUACUGGAGCAUACUGGGUUAUCAGCAAAGAAUUCAUUUUCCUUGCAACGACAGCCAGGACCUCCCGCAGAGAGCCUGAGGGGGAGCAACACAAACUACCCUUUUCUUCCAGGUGGUAUGGAGGAACUGACAUUAGAGCAGAUAAAGAAAAAAUCUGAGCUGGAGGAGGACAUUGACUUUGAACAUGAUUUACUGGCAGUACCACCAGGUCUAAAAACUGGCAUGGACUUCAGUGACAAAGAAGCCAAAACCACCAAAGGUGAAGUGAACCUGCUCUCGCUCCUUUCCACGUUUGAUGACAUAAUUGAUCAAAUGCCCGAGGAGAAAGAUAAAGACAAAAAAAGUGGAGAGUCUUCAAAGCUUUCCAGAACCAACAGUCUGGAGGAUCUGGGCAUUAAGGACACACAGAGUUCCUUUACUCCGCCUAAAACCUCACAAGCUGACAAAACUGCAGAGAUGAAGAAAAAAGAAACAGAAGCUAAGAAAGAGAGAAAGUGGGCGGUACCUGUGGACAUCAGCUGCCCCUGUGAUGAUUUUUACAAAAGAAUUCCUGACCCUGCUUUUAAGUAUCCGUUUGAGCUGGACACUUUUCAGAAGCAGGCCAUCCUCAGGCUGGAGGUUCAUGACUCUGUGUUUGUUGCUGCUCACACCUCAGCUGGCAAGACUGUAGUAGCUGAGUAUGCCAUUGCACUCUCCCAGAAACACAUGACCAGGACCAUCUACACUUCCCCCAUUAAGGCUUUGUCCAAUCAGAAAUUCAGGGACUUUAAGAACACGUUUGGAGAUGUUGGCCUUUUGACUGGAGACGUCCAGUUGAACCCUGAGGCCUCCUGCCUCAUCAUGACUACUGAGAUAUUGAGGUCAAUGCUCUAUAAUGGCUCAGAGGUGAUUCGCGACUUGGAAUGGGUCAUUUUUGAUGAGGUUCAUUACAUCAAUGAUGCAGAGAGGGGUGUAGUCUGGGAGGAGGUGCUGAUCAUGUUGCCUGAACAUGUUAGCAUAAUUUUGCUAAGUGCUACAGUGCCUAAUGCAGUGGAGUUCAGCGAAUGGAUUGGACGAAUUAAGAAGAAGCCUAUCUAUGUGAUCAGUACUGUGAAGAGGCCAGUGCCCCUGGAGCAUUACCUCUACACAGGAAACAGCACCAAGACUCAGAAAGAGCUCUUCCUGCUACUAGAGGCCACUGGAAGCUUCCUUACUAAAGGGUACUAUGCAGCUGUGGAGGCUAAAAAGGAGCGCACCAGUAAACAUGCUCAGUCUUUUGGUGCAAAGAAUGCAGCGCAUAACACAACACUCAGCCAGGACCGAGCCAUAUGGCAGACGCUGCUGAACUACCUGUCUCAGAGACAGCAGACACCGGUGGUGGCUUUCACUUUCUCCCGUACACGCUGUGAUGACAACAGUCGCUCUCUGAACUCCCUGGAUCUAACCAGCUCUGUGGAGAAGAACGAGAUCCACUCAUUCUUCCAUAAGAGCCUGAGCAGACUCAGAGGAGGAGAUCGCCAGCUCCCACAGAUCCUGGUGAUGAGGGACUUGCUAAAAAGAGGAAUCGGAGUACAUCACAGCGGCAUACUUCCAAUCCUGAAAGAGGUCAUCGAAAUGCUGUUCUCAAGGGGUCUGGUUAAGGUCCUCUUUGCCACAGAAACCUUUGCCAUGGGUGUGAACAUGCCUGCCAGGACGGUGGUUUUCGACAGCAUUCGCAAGCAUGACGGAACUGGCUUCAGAAACCUCCUUCCUGGUGAAUACAUUCAAAUGGCAGGAAGGGCAGGCAGGAGAGGGUUGGAUGCCACAGGCACUGUCAUCAUCCUUUGUAAGAGUGGUGUUCAUGACAUGGGUGACCUGCAUGCCAUGAUGUUGGGUAAACCGACUGUGUUACAGUCUCAAUUCAGACUGACUUACACCAUGAUCCUCAACCUGUUGCGAGUGGAGGCCCUCAGAGUGACUGACAUGAUGCGCAGAAGCUUCUCUGAGAACCAUAGGGACACACAGACUCAUGAGAAAAGAAUAAGUGAAUUAAGGACUCUGCUCUCCUCCCUCCCUCCUCUGGACACGGAGGGUCAAUUAUCGGACUUGCUCCAGUAUUACCACACUGUUAAUGAACUACGCCUCACAACAGAAGCCCUGCAGCAAGCAGUAAUGGAGUCAAUGAAUGGUCUGAAGGCUCUGUCUGUGGGCCGGGUAGUCGUUGUCAACAAUACACAGCAUUUCAACGCCCUAGCUGUCAUUUUACAGGUGUCUAAUGAUUCUGUAAAUCGGAUGUUCACUGCCCUCAUCAUAUGUGAGAAAGGGAAUGAGGAAACCUCUGAAACUACUCAACUGAACAGGGGUUUCAGACACCUCCACAACACCAGCCUUUUCAUUCCUGAGGGGCCCUGCAGUCACACAGUGCAGAAGCUGAAGGCACAGGACAUCUCUGCUAUCACAGUAAAGACCCUGAAGGUCAUUCCAGAGAGAAUCAUUGACAACUAUAACAAAAGACAACAGCCCCGCUUCAGAAUGGACCCACCUGGCCAGGCCAUAUCCACAGCAACUCAGGAGCUUCUGCGUUUGGCAGAGGCCAACCCAGAUGGCAUCACUUCGCUGGACCCUGUGAAUGACCUUCACCUGAAGGGAGUAGACGUGGUGGAGGGAGUGAUGAGGCAGCGAGUGAUCCAGGACUGUCUGAAAGACUUCCAGUGCACACACUCCCCCACCUUCAAUGAACAGUUUGCACGUGUGCAGGAGAGGAUGGGUCUACAGGAGGAGCUGGAUAGGCUGCUGUUUUUGGUGUCUGAUAUGUCCCUUACUCUUCUGCCAGAGUACAAUCAGAGGAUUAAGGUGCUGAAGGAGCUGAAGUACAUUGAUGAGAGUGAUGCCGUGCAGCUGAAGGGCAGAGUGGCGUGCCAGAUCAGUAGUCACGAGCUGCUGCUGACAGAGCUGCUGUUUGAAAACACUCUGAGUCCUCUAGCUCCAGAGGAGAGCGCUGCCCUGCUGUCCUGCCUCGUCUUCACACAGAACACACAGAUAGAGCCACAUAUCCCCAACACUAUACAGGAGGGGAUUGACCGGGUGCUGUGUGUGGCUCAGAGAAUUGGUGAGCUGCAGAGGGAAUGUGGAAUCGCACAAACAGCUGAAGACUAUGUGUCCCAGUUCAAGUUCGGCCUGACUGAGGUGGUAUACUGCUGGGCCAGAGGCAUGCCCUUUGCUGAGAUCGCCAUGCUGACCGAUGUGCAGGAGGGGACAGUGGUCCGCUGCAUUCAGAGACUGGACGAGGUACUGAAGGAGGUGAGGCAAGCCGCCCGAAUUGUUGGAGACUCCGUGCUGGGAAGCAAGAUGGAGAGAGCAUCACUGGCCAUCCGCAGGGACAUCGUGUUCACAGCCUCUCUCUACACACACUGAGAGAGUGAGGGAUGCAGCCUGUAUUUGUCAAAGUGAGAAAUAAUGGACAAGUACAAGAACAGAAAGUUAAAGCUUCAAUCCAAUGCACGAAGUUUGCAGUGCCUAAUUGAUAUGUUUGUAUAAUUGACAAAUUUGUAUAUACACUAUGUAUAUAUAUAUCACUAAAAACAUUGCAGAUUGAAAAAUG